AUGUCCACCGUCAACCCAUCAUUCCAGGAGGCCAUCAAGGUCACCCCACAAGGCCCCAACAAAUAUAGCGCCUUCCUCCAACCCGAAUGGUGCAUUGGAACCGUUCCCCACGGAGGCUACACAACAGCCGUAAUCUACCAACUAACCCUAACGCACUUUGCGCACGCCCACCCAAAGCAAUACAAAAGCGCCGCAUCCCCAAUCUCAAUCCAACUUUCUUUCCUACGACGCACAGCCUCAGGCCCCGCAAUCUUCGAAGUCGAAGACGUCAAGAUCGGCGCCCGCACAAGCACAAUUCACAUCAGGCUCCUGCAACCCUCUGCAAAGAACCCCGGCCAACUGGACAUCAUGGUCGCUGGCUAUGUCACCGUUAGCCCGCCGGAGGCCGAGGUCGGCAUCAGCGUGAACACAGGGUGGAAGCCUCGCCCUGCUCCGGCGGCGGGUUCGCGCGCUGACGGGUCCGUUGAUCUGGCGGCGUUGGGCCGGACGGGGUCUGAUGGGACUUGGAGGAAGCUUGAGGCGCCUUUUGCGUCGUUCCGUAAGGCGGCGGCGCAGAUUGAGUUGUUUGGUCCUGGUGCUGGGGACACGCAGAAGCAGAAACGAGCUGGGGAUAUGGGGGUCGAUCAGUGGGUUAGGUUCCGGCCGGCGGGUGAUGUGAAUGGUCGCUGGACGGAGGCUGCGGUGGCCUAUCUUGUUGAUAUGUUUCCUAUGGCGUUGGAUAGAUUUGAUAAUGUGUCUAAUGCUGCUGUGGAAAAGGAGAGUGGGACUUCGCUUGCUGGACAGAAGGCGAACUUUUGGUAUCCCACUGUUACGCUUAAUGUCGAUAUGAAGAAGCAUCUUCCUGCUGAGGGGGUGGAGUGGCUUUAUAGUCGGGUUGAGACUAAGGCUCUUAGGGAUGGACGGACAGACUUGGAGGUUACGGUUCUUGAUGAGGAUGGGGAGGUUAUCGCGUUGAGUACGCAGGUUGGGUUGGUUGUUAACGCUAGUCGGAAUGUUGGGACUAGGAAGAUGGAGAAGUUGUAG